AUGCAUCAGGACGCCGUUGAGACUGCCAAAAAGUGCAAAGAAUGCCAAAUGUUCAAUAUCGCAAAGAAGGGUUAUCAUCCCCUAAGACCCAUCCAUGCAUUCUUACCUGCAGACCAUUGGGCAAUUGACUUAGCUGGACCAUUUCGUCCUACAUUUGGUAACAACACGUACUUAUUAGUCAUGGUUGAUAUAUGCACCAGAUACUGUGUUUUGAGACCCAUACCAAACAAGCAAUCGGACACCAUUGUAAAAGCACUGAUACAAGUCUUCGGUGACUAUGGUUUUCCUCGAUACCUACAAUCAGAUAACGGUACAGAGUUUGUUAAUACGCUUGUCAAAAAGUUAUCGGAUGCAACAGGAUUUGAUCAUAGGUUGGUCACACCUUACCAUCCUAGAGCAAACGGCGUCGCUGAACGCUGGGUGCAAACAUCCGUACGUACGUUGAGGAAACUCAUCAAAGGCGCUCUCAAAGAUUGGGACCAUUUCGUACCAUGCGUGCAACUUGCCAUCAAUGCUAAAAUCUCUGAAAGGCAUGAUUCAGCACCAUUCUCAUUGAUGUUUGCUAGAAAGAUGAAUACCUUCGGUGAUUAUCGUGAUGAAGAAAGCUUCAGACCGAUGUCGGAAGAAGAGCUGCAAGAAAGACUUGAUGC